GUUUGGGAGACGUUUUCUGCAGGUUUUCCCGCGUAAAGGAGCCAAUCGACCGCCGAAUUCGAUUCGAUAUUUAUCGAUACAUAUCGACGCAUUCAAAAUGUUACAAAUCUUACUACCUUAAUUUUUUAAAUUAAAUCUAGAUAGAAUCUUGAAUAAAAAAAAGUAUUCGAAAAUUAAUCAAAUUUAUUUUCUUCAUAAGUUCGUACCUACAUUGUAUAUGUAUACAAAAAGCUGAAAAAAAAAAAAAUAUAUAUAUAUAUAUAUAUAUUAAAAUCGGGUGUUGCUCAGCUUUGAAAACUCGCCACUUUAUGGAAAUUAGCAUGGGCUUUUUGGCGCUGCGGUAUCGUUGAAUUGCCAAUAGAUAUAAUAUUCUGAUUCUAGGUCAAGUAAAUGUCUGUAUUACCGCCCCUAGUCGGCAGGGCAGUGUAAACAUAGACGACGCGCAUCGCGCACGUGUUUUUCAUCGCGUCCGAUACACUUGUCAAAUAAUUUAAUAAAAAUGGGAAAAGCUAAAAAAGUGAAGGUGUCAAAGGGUGAAACAAGCCUACCAAAAGUUGGUUUGGCCGAGCAAAUAGAGGAGGGGCAGUUCGCAAAACCUAAAAACCGACAGAAAUUGCGAUUCCGGAACGACGAUGACGAAGAGUUCGUGGAUUCCAAAACAACACAAAAAAUUCUGGCUCAGGCUAGACGGCAACAGCAAGAAAUGGAAGAAGAAAACGGAGUAGGAACCUCAAAACCUGCUAGAAAACCAAUCACAAAACUGGGAGACGAUUUUAGUGAUGAGGAGCAGUCCAGUGAUGAAGAAGGUGUUACUGGUACUGAGUACUAUGAAGACAUUGAAAUUGAUGAAGAGGACGAAAGAGCUCUAGAGAUGUUUAUGAACAAGGAUAAGGGGCCGACAAGAACUCUUGCAGACAUAAUUAUGGAAAAAUUGACAGAAAAGAAAACUGAGAUAGAGACACAAUUUUCAGAUGUUGGCUCAAUACAGAUGCAAGAGAUUGAUCCAAGAGUCAAAGCCAUGUAUGAAGGAGUAAGAGAUGUAUUACGAAAAUACCGCAGUGGUAAAUUGCCAAAAGCUUUUAAAAUUAUACCCAGUUUGAGGAAUUGGGAACAAAUAUUGUAUAUCACAGAUCCUGCCAGCUGGUCUGCAGCAGCCAUGUACCAAGGAACCAGAAUUUUUGCUUCUAAUUUGAAAGAAAAGAUGGCUCAGAGAUUUUAUAAUCUUGUACUUUUACCCCGUAUUAGAGACGAUUUAGCAGAAUACAAAAGACUGAACUUUCAUUUAUAUCAAGCUUUGAGAAAAUCAUUAUUCAAACCUGGUGGUUUCAUGAAAGGUAUUUUGCUGCCUCUUCUUGAAUCUGGAACUUGUACCUUGAGGGAGGCUACUAUUGUUGGAUCUGUUGUUGCUAAAAACUCUAUACCUAUUUUACACUCAGCAGCAGCAAUAUUGAAGAUUGCUGAAAUGGAUUAUACUGGAGCUAACAGUAUUUUUCUCAGAAUAUUCUUUGAUAAAAAGUAUGCUUUGCCUUACAGAGUUGUUGAUGGAGUUGUGUUUCACUUUUUGAGGUUCGAGAGGGAUCCAAGAGAAUUACCUGUUCUAUGGCAUCAAGCAUUAUUGACAUUUGUACAGCGGUAUAAAAGCGAUAUAAGCACAGAGCAAAGAGAAGCCUUGUUGGAAUUGUUAAAGAAAAAAUCGCAUCACAGUGUCACCCCAGAAAUUCGAAGAGAGUUGCGAGCAGCUAAGUGUAGAGAUGUUGAAUUAUCAGAGCCCAUGCAAGAACCCAUGAUAACAUAGACUGAUAUAGGUGAACUUUCUGUACAGUGAUUUUAUAUAAAAGUUACAUGUAAAAUUCGGAUAAAAAUCGUAAAACUUGUUAGACUUUAUUUUUAUGAUUCAUUACGAUAAGAAAUUUAUCUAUCUAAUUAUAUUUAUAAAAUAAUAGGUAAUCAAAUAUUCAUUGUUUAUAUCAAUUGAAUUACCUUUUAUUUUAUUGUUUCAUUUUGCUGAAACCUAGGAACUAAUUUAAGUUAGGUUUGUAAAUCGUAAAUAAACACAUUUACAAUGUUUAAAUGAAUUCAAUUUUAUGUACAAAAACUGAUAAAUUAAAAAUCUUAUACAUGUA